CACGUUUUUUUAUUACUGCAUGGCUAACCUUAACCUGGGUUUUGUUGUAAAGUAGGCCUAAUUACCUUUAAUUAUAACUUACUGUAAACGUGUUACAACAUGCUUCUUUGAGCACCCUUAAAUCUGAGUAUUUUUAGGGUUGACAGUGCACAUUUCCUGAAAUWUAGCUGAAGCUUAAAAGAAAACAAAAGAGCUGCCAUCCAUCAUGUUUUGUAAGGGUGUAACCUCUUUAUUACAAAUGAACAGUGUUCAUUCUGAAAUGAGAACAUUCAGCUUCUGUCACUGCUGAUGACAACCUGACAGCUUUUAUUUUGACAGGUUUUAAAAAGCUUCCACUGCAAUAAUCUGCUCACCGUUACCAACAAAGACAGUACAUUGGAAGGUUUAAACUAAAAUGUUGCCUGACGUGUUUACCUGACGGACACGACACGCGACGUCAACCCCAAAGUGACGUCGCGACGUCAACGUCAUGAGAGUUAAUUAAUGAGACACACCUGAGGGCGUCGAUGAGUCGAAGCGCCGCGGGUUCUGGAGGGAUAUGUGGUGCUUCGGGUUGAACUCGUUAGAUCUCUUCUCAUUAAAUGGGAAGAUAAUUAAAUGAGGAUCUUUUAGUCCGGGGGUUACCAUCAUGAGAGCUGUGUCGUUGAAGCGCCCGCUCCUCGUUGUGGGCUGCGUUGGGUUCUGCUUGUACCUGGGGAUGGUCCUGAAGAAUAGUGGCUAUGCGCGCACUCUGACUGACCACCAAGAACCGGACUCAUCAAGGACCAGCAGGAGCAUCUCUGACCUAGAGGCAAGCAUAGUCGGUCUCUCUAAAGUCCUGAAAGAGUUUGAGCGAAAGCAAGAUGCCAUGCAGAAAUUUUUGCAAGAGGACCGAGACACCCAGAGAAAAAUUGCAGAUGUCCUAAAGGAAGCGAUACACGUGGUGCCGGGGCAGAAAGAGGAACCCAAAGAAAAGAUCCCCCCUAAAGAGAAAAAAACUGGCAAAGUGUUCCCCGACUCCCCCAUCUUCAAGGAGUGGGGCGACAAUCUGUCYGAAGACGAGCAACGAGAGGCGCAAGCUCUGUUUGAGAAGUACGGCUACAACGUUUUCCUGAGCGAUCGCCUCCCUCUGGACCGACCUCUUCCAGAGACGAGAGACCCGAGGUGCUUAAAGAAGACUUACCCAAAGGACCUGCCAACUGUGGGAGUGGUGCUAAUCUACCUGGAUGAAGCCUUGUCUAUCCUUAAACGAGCCAUGCGGAGCAUCAUUGAUCGCACGCCUAAAAACCUGCUGAAGGAGAUAAUUAUGGUGGAUGACAACAGCUCUAAUGGGCAGAACCUUUACUGACCCAGAUCAAAGCGGACAGGACCACGGUGGUUUCUCCUGUGUUUGAUCGAGUUAACUUUGAUGAUCUCAAGGUUGUUCAUUACCUUCCAUCAGCUCACGCCUUUGACUGGGCCCUGUGGUGCAUGUACGAGGGAUUUUCUCCAGAUUAUUACAAACUCAAUGACAGCUCCUUACCUGGAAAAAGCCCAUCAGUCAUGGGAAUCCUGGUGGCUGAUAGAGCYUAUCUUGGAGAAAUCGGAGUUCUUGACGAAGGGAUGAAAGUGUACGGUGGAGAAAAUGUAGAGCUUGGAAUUCGUGUUUGGACCUGUGGAGGCAGUAUUGAAGUAGUUCCAUGUUCUAAGAUUGCUCACAUUGAAAGGUACCACAAGCCUUAUUUGCCGGACUUGAGUCCUGCCAUGAAGAGAAAUGCCCUGAGGGUAGCAGAGGUCUGGAUGGAUGAAUACAAACACAACGUCAACUUGGCGUGGAACCUGCCAUUUGAGAAUCAUGGCAUUGACAUUGGAGAUGUCACUGAGAGGAAGCAACUCAGAGAAAGGCUGAAGUGUAAACCUUUCAAAUGGUACCUGGAUAAUGUUUAUCCUAAGCUGGACCCCUGGGACAACCUGCUUGCUUAUGGAGGACUGAAAAAUCUCGACACCAACAUGUGCGUAGACCAAGGUCCAGUACCAGGUCACACACCCAUCGCCUACAACUGCUAUUACUAUGGUUCACAGAUCGUAUAUUUUCGUGGGAAUGGUGAACUCUACGUCGGCGGUAUUAAGUCCCACAAGUACAACGAUAACCGGUGUAUAGCCGACCAAGGGCAGAAAAACACCGAGCCUGGCCUGUACAACUGCAAAGAGGCAAUGCAGAAAAGAAUGGGCAUAUACUGGGAAUUCAGUCAGGGCAAAGAAAUUAAGAACAAGGAGUCAAAAAGAUGUCUAGAAAUUGAUAAUGGUGUACUUCUAAUUCGGGAAUGCACCGGCCAGAGGUGGAAGAUCCAAAACGUAAUCAAAGACUUUUAAAAAGUGGUCCGACCAGCAGGAAGUGCUCCUCUGCUUAUUUGAUGAGCAGAAAAUUAUGUACGAGUGAAAUACAAAAGUAGAAACACCAGAAGAUGGGAAAUAAAUUAGUUUUAAUUUGAGUGGUGGUUAAAAGAUAGAAGAAAUGUAUUUUGUUCAAUAUUUAUUUUUGCUCUGUUUUAUCAACAGUUGUCCAUUAUUUAAAACAAGAAUUGUGAAUUUGAUAUUCUAAAUCUUUCAAAAGUUGAAAAUGUUUAUGAAGCAAUAGAAUGCUCCCCCCUUAGUAAAUCAGGUUGAGAACCAGGACAUUGAAACUUUAUUAUUUUCCAUAUUACAGAAACUACUAUAUAUAUAUUUGCACAGCUUGUUACAAGAGAUAAGAGGGUAAAGUUACUGUUAUUUUUAAACUUCUGAAGUUUUUUUUUCUACACCGAGUUUUAGCCAAGGAUGUAGUUAUAAACUACUUAUUCUUACAAUUUUGUUUGACUAAGACUUGACGUGUUUACUGUUGGGUAUUAAAUACUUGCGGGUAAAACUCUCUGUAAGCUGUGAACAUGUUUUAUUUCUGAAACACUUCAUAUGAUAAAUAAAAGACACUAAGCACUGUGA